AUGGGGGACUACGGCCCGCACCAGCUUCUCGCUCAGGGAGGGGAAGAUUCCUCUCGGGCACGCCUGCAGCCUCCACUGAGCUCCAGCUGCGGCUCCAACCAGCUGACGGGACAGAAGGCCGGCUGUGUUCACGGACUGCAUGGAUCACUAAGGGGUCGUCCCGUCCGAGAACUACAAGGGGCGCUGCACAGGACAGUUAGGGCUAUCUCGGCGGAGUGUAGGAGAGAGCGGGAGUGUCAGGCGUCUCAGGAAACGGCUCCUUCGCCCUCGCUGGCUGUCUCCAACUCAGCGCCGCGAAACCCGCCAUUCUCCAAGUUGGUCCGUCUGGGGUUUACACACUCGGUCCCGCCAAUCCGCGAGAUCCGGAUAUCUCGCCCACCGAAGCCCGGUGAUUAUUCAAAGUUCACCGCCAAUGCCGCCCUCAGCCACGUCUUUCAGAAAGCGCAGGCUGUUGUCAUAUCCACAGCCCCAGUUUCCCCGGCGUCUCAGGAAACGGCUCCUUCGCCCUCGCUGGCUGUCUCCAACUCAGCGCCGCGAAACCCGCCAUUCUCCAAGUUGGUCCGUCUGGGGUUUACACACUCGGUCCCGCCAAUCCGCGAGAUCCGGAUAUCUCGCCCACCGAAGCCCGGUGUGAGCGUGCGGCAACCCGGGCGGACUUGCCCGACGGAGGUAACGGAUACGAAGGGGCAGAAUCCUCGCCAGACAGCGGCAGACCGGCCGGAGCGGCCCGACGGAGGCAACGGGAGAGCUGGCUGCAACGCCCGGAGUCAGGUAUCCUCGGACCGGAGGAAGACCCGGAAGGCGGGCUCCGGACCGGACCCCAACAGGUCGGGUUCUUUGCUUUGUGGCCGCCUGCAACAGGACGAACCUCAAGGCUGUCUGCUGUACACGUACUUCGAUGGUAAAUGUGCUCUGAACUAUGAACAAGUUGAGAGCAAUGUUAGGAAGGCCUGCUGGCCUUCAUUUGACUGGAAUCGAGCUCAAACAUGCAUCACCAACAGGUGGAGAUUCCCUGCACCGGAAACAAAGUGUAAACAAGACGACGACAAUCAACAAUCGUCAGUCAGAAUCAGAAUGGCUACAGGUGGGAAUUGGUUUUGGAGAGCACUCAAGAGGUUCUUCCCAGGCAGCGCAUCCAGGGAAGAUGAUGAGGACACGGGAAGCAAGGUACCAAAGCAGCGUCGGAUCGAGAGCGAUGUGCCAGGAGAAUGCAGUCCGGCCGCAGAGAAAGGGGAGCAAAAGCCAGAGUUUACAAUCUCCAAGCUGCUGGCACAGGGGGAUGAAUAUGUACUGUUCCAACUGACAAAGUUUUACAGGGACAGACUCAAACAUGCGAUUAAAGAAAAGGUUGAAAGACUCGGUUGGAUGUUGACAAAGCAGGGACAUUUCAGUAGAGAAGAAAAUGAGAAAGUCACUGAGCUGACAGAAAAGGGAAAACGGACAGAGAGUUCCAGACUCUUCCUCAGUUUGGUGAUGGACAAAGGCUCCCGGGCCCGGAGAGUGAUGUGGGAAUCCUUUGUGAAAUGGAGGACUGAGUUACCGAAGCUGGACAGAAUAUUGAGGGAAAUACAGGAGCUCGGUCCCGAUCCACUGGUAUACAUAAACAUCACCCAAGGGUUAUCUGAGUUACCCUCUCAACUGAUAGAUGUUCAACAGAAACACAAGGAGACUCUGCGGGCACAAACUGAAACACUGAGAGUGAACACGAUCCUGAUGAGGGAGAAGGUGAAGGUUUUCCGGCUGUAUGAUCGAUGCGCUGAGCUCACAGUCAUUUCUACUGUUCGAGAUCGGAGACUGGUGCAAAAUGAGCUGCUUGCAAGAGGCAGACACCAUGAAGAAUUGAGAGAGAAACAUCUCCGCAGAGAGCUGGAUAAAAUCCGGACUGAUCAGUUGUUCCAGAGCAGCUUUUCCCGGAGUGAAUCCAAAUCUAGGAAUUCAGCAGCAGUGGCCGGAGUCCCGGGGAUCGGGAAAACAACAAUGGUACAAAAGAUUGUUUACGACUGGGCCACGGGGAAAAUAUACCAACAGUUCCAGUUUGUCUUCAGUUUCAAAUUCCGCGAUUUAAACAGCAUUAACUGUAGAAUAAACCUGAAGGAACUGAUUCUGGAUCAGUAUCCUUACUUUGGGAACAUCCUGAGAGAGGUCUGGAAGAACCCAGAGGGAUUGUUGUUUAUAUUUGAUGGUUUGGAUGAAUUCAAUGACACAAUUAAUUUUGCUGACAGUCAGAGAGACACAGAAUCUCAGUCCACAUGCACAGAUCCUGAAUUCAAGUGCAAGGUGUCUGACAUUGUGUACAGUUUAAUCCAGCACAAGCUGCUCCCAGGGUGUUCAGUGUUGGUGACCACCCGUCCCACGGAGUUACAUUUACUGGAAAAGGCGAAUAUCAGUGUCUGGGCUGAAAUCCUAGGAUUUGUUGGUGAGGAAUGUAAGGAGUAUUUUAAUAGGCAUUUUGAAGAUCAGACGGUGGCAGCAGCUGUUUUCAAACACGUGAAGGAGAACGAGAUCCUGUACACCAUGAGCUACAACCCCUCCUACUGCUGGAUCCUCGCUCUGGCACUGGGUCCCUUCUUCACACAAAGAGUCAGGGACCCCCAGCAAGUUCCCAACACCAUCACCCAACUGUACUCCUACUAUAUUUACAACAUCCUGAAAAACCACGGCCGUGAGAUUGAAAACCCCCGUGAUGUGUUACUCAGGGUUGGUCAGAUGGCCUUCAGAGGAGUGUCCGAGAGGAAGAUUGUGUUUACAGAUGGAGAUUUGAUCAACUACAAUCUACAGCCUUCCCAGUUCCUAUCCGGGUUCCUGAUGGAGCUUUCGGAGAGAGAGGAUUCUGCCCAGAGCGUGGUGUACACAUUCCCACACCUCACCAUCCAAGAGUUUGUAGCUGCAGUCGCACAAUUCCUGAAUCCUCAUCCCGGGGAAAUCCUGAAAUUCCUCACUGGAGCCCACAACACGACAGAUGGGCGAUUUGAAGUAUUUCUCCGAUUUGUUACUGGUCUCUCCUCCCCAAUGACAGCUCGGGGCCUGGAGGAGUUUCUGGGUCCAUUUCCUCAUCAAACAACCUGCCGGGUGAUUGACUGGGUGAAGGAGGAGGUUAAACGCCAGAGUAGAAACACAUGGAGUGAAGCUGGUAAAAGGAGCCUCCUGAACACAUUGCACUACCUGUUUGAGUCUCAGAAUGGUGGACUGGCUCAGGACGUACUGGGAUCUGUGGAAACACUUUCAUUCAGUGGAAUGACACUGACCCCGAUUGACUGUGCGGUCCUGUCUAAUGCUAUCGGACUCUGUGAUACAAUAAAACACCUCGAUCUGACGGGCUGCCACAUUCAGUGUGAAGGAAUCCAGCGGCUGGGACCCGGGCUGCACAAGUGCCAGGAGUUGAGACUUGGGGAAAAUAAACUGGGAGAUUCAGGAGUAAAGCUGGUGUCUGCGGCUCUGAGGAACCCGGAGUGUAAAAUACAGAGACUGUGGCUGAACCGUGUCGGUCUCACAGAUUCUGGUGCCGAUGAUCUCGCCUCCGCUCUCAGUGCAAACCCAUCACUGACGGAGCUUUACCUGGGUGAAAACUCUCUGACAGACCGAUCUAUCCCCGCUCUCCGCCGCCUCAUACUGACCCUCCCGAGUCUGAAGCGGAUCCUGCUGUGGAAGAAUCCGUUCAGUGAGACAGGGAGGAAGGAACUGAGAUCUCUGCGUGAACACAGACCCGGACUGACAGUGUGGAUCUGA